UGAAGCUGGUGAAAUCAUGGGCUCAAAAUAAACAAAAAGAAAAAGUUCCCCACUAAUACUUUGUAAAAAUAGAGAGAUUCCAGGUUCAUGCAGCCAGAAUCAGAUGCCAAACUACACAACACCACUUGUAGCUGCCUUAUCUUCCAAAAGAAUAUCAACUUUUUCACUUUAUGGAAAUAUCCUCAAUCUAAAGGGUCACUCUUUUUUCUUCUAAAAGGGUUACUUUUGAUGCAAGGAUAACAAGGGAUGGGAAUUCACUAGAAAAAAAAAAGAUUCUGAGAAAUUAAAAACAAUUUAAUAACCAAUGGCCCUAUCAAAGGUCUAAGUUGAGGAAGCAUUGGUGACUACUAUAUUCAAUGGAGCAGGAAUCUUUAAGCAGGAGAGGCAGGUUUCCUACAAAUGAUAAGAGGUUUUUGGCCAUAGGCAUUGGACUUGUGGCUGUCAUCUCUCCUCUAUACAUUGACAGUAGAAAAAACACUACUGAACCCCAGCUUGAAGAACAAACCAUCUUUCCCUAUCUUCCACUGCUCUUCUUGAUCACCCUCAUCAUGAGCAUAAGUAUUUCUCAUCAAUUGGCCCGGUUCUCAUCCUAUGAUCAUAGGCUUCUAGCCAUAGGUCUUACACUUGUUGCCAUACUCUCACCUCUGUACAUCGACAGGAGAAAGUUAGUCGAUCCAGAGCUUGAAGAGCAAUCACUUGGCAUAUCUUCUUACUUGCCAUUGCUCAUGUUGUUUCUCAUCAUUGCCAUUGCUAUGUCAUGCUACUUGGAUCAGAGCUUUACCAGGUUCGAUCCUUACUGGAUUCACAGGGUUGGUGGUUCUUCCACUGGGAUUCUCAUAUUUCUCCUUGUUCUUGCAUUUGUUUUGAAGUUUAAAGCUCUCUAGCAUGAAUAAAAAAAGGGCUAAAAUAUGUGCCUUGUAUGUUUAGUGUUCAUGCGUGGUUUGGAAAAGGGGGCAAAAAGACUUUUCGGACUAAAGCAUCAACAAAAUUGAAGUAAAACCAACUCAACACUUGAUUUCACCAUUGUCGUUCUUGACCGUAAGGAAUCAAGCAAUCAUGUAUUUGAUAGUUGCUACAUCCAUAGAUAAUUACUUCCUCUCUCCCAAUUUGUGUAGGUGUUUGAUCGGGUACAAAGUUAAAAAUGUGAGGAAGACUUUUGAAAUUUAUGAUCCACAAUAAGCCAUAGAUAUUUCUGUGGCUAUAAAUCUCUCAUUAAGGUGUAAACUGACUAGUUUAAAAUUAGACAGUUACUCGUUCUUUUUGUGACCGAC